UAUAGCUGUGUGGUGUGACGUCACAUUCUCGCGAGAUCAGACUGGCGAUAUCUAAUUCACCUGUCUGAUUUAAGGAGCUGGAUUAUUGGAGGUAUUUUAACGCAUAUUAAAAGAUUUGCAAGACACAUGGACUGUUAUGGCUCCCAAACUAUUAGACGCACAUCGCGCUUGCUAUUUGUAGCCUCAGUCGCGCAGUGACAUGACGCACGGAUAUCAGCGGUAGGUUACAGUGCGCCGCUAAAUCUCGGCUGCUACGCGUUACGUGGUGGCCAAUUAGAGUUGCCGAUUCGGUUGCCUAGGCAAUUGCGACGCGCUUUUCUGAAAUAUGGCGGAAGACUGGAAUCAGGAUGUUGGGGAGGCAGUGUACAGAUCCCGGGACCCCAUAAAGAAUCUGAGGAUUCGAGUGACUCUGCAGCGGGUUACCCCGGCCAUUGCUCUGGUACAGCGGGUGCAGGAGGAGGAUGCAAAUAGAGGAGGACUCGAACUACAGGCGCUGCACAACAACCCAGAGGCGAACAGGGGGCCUCAUCCUAAUGAGGAGAAGGAAGAAGUGGUGAUUUCUUGGCAGGAGAAACUUUAUAGCCAGUUUGAAUAUGAACUAUACCAAAAUGAGGCUGCCUGCAGGACACCUUUAGAUCAUCAGUACUACCAAGAUGUAUUGUCUCUUGAGAGGGGUGGGGGGCGUAAAAACAGACGCAUCUUCACCUAUACGGACCAUGAUCGCUAUACAAACCUAGAAGAGCACAGCCAAUCAGUGACAACUUCUCUAGAUGAAACACCCACUUUCUUGGUAGAACGAAUGGCAAAUGUAAGAAGAAGACGGCAAGACAAAAGGCAGAUUGAUGGAGUUGGGAUGUGGCAUCGUUUUAUUACCUGGAAGCCUUCAGAUGAUUUUAUCAGAAGUAAUCACAUUAUUAACACUCCAGUACAGACAAUGUACAUAAUGGCAGACCUAGGACCAGGUGGAAACCUUGGAUUGAGGGAACAUGAACAUGUCCUAUGUACUGUUCGUGUGGAUGCAAAUGGUGUGAUCACGCUGAAACCUGAUGUUACUGGCACAAAGGGACCUUACAGGCUCGAGGUGGAAGGAGAAAAGCGGCAGCUGUGGAGAUAUACUUUGCAGCACGUGUCUGAAUCUGUUCAGAAGGAAGAGCAGGAAAGGGAACAACAUAUCUACAAGGAUUUAUACAGCCGACAUAAAGAAUAUUUGAACAGUUUGGUGGGCUCUGACUUUGAAAUGCCCCCUGCAGGUACCCUAAGAGUCUUCAUUAAUGGGGAAAUUGUCUCAGCACAGGAGUUUGAGUAUGAUAAUCUCUAUGUACAUUUCUUUGUGGAACUCCCUAAAAACUGGUCCAGCCCAGGGUUCCAGGAGCUCUCGGGAGUCACCCAAACCUGCCGAACAAAAACUCGUGCAAGGGACAGUGUUGCAUACUUCUGUUAUCCCUUCAAUUUUGAGCUCUUUCUGUCAGAGGAGGCUGAUUCUGAAGAAACCACACAGUUGCCAGUGCUUUUCUUUGAAGUCUUAUCACUAGAUUUUUGGCAAAGAUAUCGAGUUGAAGGAUAUGGGUCUGUUGUAUUACCUGGGACUCCAGGAAUGCAUGUCCUUACAGCUCAGACAUGGCGGCCUGUAGAAUUGGGAGUGCUUACGGAGCUCAAAAGAUUUUUCAUAGGUGGAUCUCCAGAACUUGAGGAUCUAACUUAUGUCAGAGUGCCUGAAACAUUUCAGGGACAACGCCUUAGUCGCUUAGGCUUCAGGACAAAGUCAUCUGGGAGCCUGACCGUGCGAUUGCACUGUUUACAUCAUUCACGUUCCUUCCUUGAUGGCAGAUCCCUGAGGAAAAGAAUGCAAAGUGUGUUGGAUCAUUUGGGACAUUCCAGCCAACAGAGCAGCAUUCAGAAUGUUCUUGAUGCCUUUCAGAGAGCACGCCGGCGUAUGCAACAGGCCCGUGACAGUCUUCCUCUGGAUAUUCUGAACACAUCUAAGGCAACAUUAGAGCAAUCUACUGCCUGAACCUGCUCUGUGCCCAGAUCUACUGCAUAGGGAUAGACUGACCAGAAUAUGACAAGCAGUCUGAAAGCCAAUGUGAUUUGGAUUCUGGUCCCUUCUCCAGGCCCUUGAGAAGAUACAGAGUUUUCCAGUAACCCAAUCUAAUUCCUGUGUCUUUUAUCAUAAAGGAUGCACAUGAAUCCUUUACUGUUAAAUUAGAGGCAUGGCAGAUUGUGUGCACCAGGAGAUACUCACUAUUCCAGCAUGAAAAGGACUUUUUGCUUUGGUAUCAGGCACAAAGCACUUUAUCCUGAUUAUCUUAAAAAGAAUACUGGUGGAAUCUCUUAAAUCCUUGUAUUUGUGUUUGCUAAAUGAUUAUUAAUUUCUACUGCACAAUACGAUCAUUACAUUUACAUUUGUGUUAUAACCAAAACACUGAGAAUAAAGAUAUAUUUUUGAAUAGUA